UAGAGAGAUUGGAAAGAUGUCGUACGCUCAAUCUGGGAAGAGACAAAAAGUGCGGGAAGUAAAAGCAGUUGACAAUGUGGACUACUUCCAAGGCAUAGACAAAAUAGAGUACAACAACAUGGCGACUCCCGCCGACACAGCCAACUUCCGCUUCUACAACUGCACCGAGCGUGUACACUCGCGCACUAUGGAGGAUUGGCUGAAGUACAGCGUCUCUAUGACUGAUUUUAGGAAUAAUGGAUCAGACGCCCAAGGCAGGCCGACAUUCAACCGCACAUGGGACGACAACUCAAACACCAUAGACAAUUACAAACGUUGCAUCAAAGCGUUCUACGAUCUCUGCACGAAACUCGGCGUGAAAUACUGGACCGCUUUCGAUACUGAUUUAGUUCCGCAGACAGAUAACUGGGAGGAGAACAGAAGUAACUGGGACGAUAUUGUGGAGUACAUAAACGAGUUGGCGCAAAAAUGCCAAGUCAAACUGCUGUGGAUAGCGCCGGAUUUACAUUCACACCCGAGAUAUGCCUGCGGUGCUUUCACAAGCAACGAAGCAACCUCGUUCGUGCAGGCCGCGACUCAGAUCAAGAGAUGUUUAGAAGUCUCGCAGCGUUUGAACGCCGAGUGCUUCCUUCUAUGGCCCUACAGGGAGGGUUACGACGCCAUCUUCCAAACCGAUGUUGCCAGGGAAAUAAAGCUAUUCGCGAAAUUGCUAAAAAUCACCGCUGAAUACAAGGAUAGGAUUAAUUAUAGGUGUCAGCUACUAAUAAUGCCUUACCACGGUAGCUUCGGUAGAAAUUACAGUAGCUUUGGUAGCUCAUCAUGGCAACCCUCGUGUAGGGAGGACAUGCUUAACCGAUACAUGUGGGACAUGACCAGCUGUCUGUACUUCCUUAAGCACCACAGUUUGGAGAGGUUUUACAAAGUGUGCACUCCGCCUGGACAUCACAUGUAUAUGGCUAAUGUGUACAAUAUGUUCGGCGGGGUGACAAUAUCAAACAACUUCAAUUAUUCCGACGUUAAAACCACGACUCUGAUGAUGAAGUGCGUUCUCGAUCAGGGCGCAGCACCCCCUGGCGGCAUAAAUCUGAAGCUCCCGUGCCGUCGGGACGGCGACCUCCGCGACCUGGUGACCUUGUACGUGAAGUAUAUGGACGCGUUUGCGAAAGGCUUGCGGCUGGCCUGUACUAUCGUGGCUGAACAGGUUUUCGUGAAACAGUUACAGCACCGCUACGCCUCGUACUACAGCGGGUUCGGUUCCCGGCUAAUCAGCGGCGACGUCUCAAUGGAGGAAUGCGAAGAGUUUUACAAAAAAAAUCAAGCUCAAGAACCCACUUGUAGCAGAUCGGAACACUACCAAGUUGUGUUCCAGAGAUACCUCGACACCUGCGAGCACAUAUGAUAUACGUCUUCGGAUGGUAUCACGAUACACUGCAUCACUAUACAAUAGCAUCAGUUUCCUAUAAUAGGAUCAUUAUCUAACAUUACAAAUUAUGUAGGGUAGAAGUAAGAAGUUCCGAAUGUUCUCUUUUUGAAAUACUUUACAACCCGCUGGGUGGUAAUGUAAGGGUUUCCACCCGCAGCUAUUCGAACAUGCAAUAAGGAAAAAAUAUUGUUCAAUUAUCUUUUUAAGUUUUACAAUAUUAAAGACUAAGUAUUACAUAACUCCACAUUAUAUCGAAGCAGUUUAAAGGUUGAUAUUUACUAAAAAAAAAAUUGUAUAACUAAUAACUAGUCACCAUAAAUAUCAUCCCUCUAUAACCAAAGAUAGUAAUUUUGGCUGGGCAGAAUGCACCUUGUUUCCGGUCGUGAAUUAUUUAAUCGUAACUCGGUUAUAUUAGCG